CUCACGAUCUUCCUGUCUCAGCCUCCCAAGCCGCUGGGAUUACAGGUGUGCGCCACUGGUGCCUGGCUUUAAUUUAUUUAUUUUUAUGUGGUGCUGAGUAUUGAACCCCAUGCCUCACACUUGCCAGGUAAGUGUUCUACACUGAGCUACAACCCCAGCCCGAUCUGUCUAGUUUUUAAAAAUUUGUUAUAGUAUAUGCAUACAUUCACACAAUAAAACAGUAUAAUUUGAUCAGUUUCAUUCCCCAUUCCCUCCCCUUUCCCUCCCCUUGUUUCUCUUCUUCUAUUUUACUGGUCUCCCUUCUAUUUUUUUCUUUUUAAAAAAAUUUGUUCCAAUCAGUCACACAUGGCAGCAGAAUGCAUUUGGACACACUGUACAACAAAUGAAGCACAGCUUCCCAUUCCUCCUACUGUAUAGGGUGCAGUCACACCAGUAAUGCAAUCAUACAUGUACAUAGGGUAAAUAGGGGCUGUCUCACUCCACUGUCCUUCCCAUCCCCACCACCCCAACCUUCCCGUCACUCCCCUCAACACAGUCCAAGUUCCUUCAUUCUCUCCCGCCCUCCGCUAUGGAUCAGCAUCUGCUUAUCAGAGAAAACAUUCAGCCUUUGGUUUUUUGGGAUUGGCUUAUUUCACUUAGCAUGAUAUUCUCUAGUUCCAUCCAUUUACCUGCAAAUGUCAUAAUUUCAUUCUUAAUUAAAGCUGAAUAAUAUUCCAUUGUGCAUACAUACCACAUUUUCUUUAUCCAUUUGUUGAAGGACAUCUAGGUUGGUUCCAUAGUUUAGCUAUUAUUAAUGAGCUGCUAUAAACAUUGAUGUGGCUGUGUCACUGUAGUAUGCUGAUUUUAAGUCCUUUGGGUAUAAACCGAGGAGUAGGAUAGCUGGGUCAAAUGGUGUCAAUCUGUUGAGUUUUAAUGGGAGGCCUUGUGUUGGCUCAAAACUGUGCUGCUGCCAUUGCCCUCUUCCCAGAAACCUCCUCUUUUAGCAUAUUUAAGCUGACUCAUUUUUAAAAAAUGGUAGUUGCCUUUAGAACCAGUCUUGUGACGAUUCACCCACUCUCAGUUUCUGGGUCAAAAUAAAGACAGGCAGCUCUUUUAUUCCUGAAAAAAGAGUGAUGAUCAGGGGUUGUGAUUGUGGCUCAGUGGUAGAGAACUUGCCUACCACUGGGUUUGAUCCUCAGCACCACAUAAAAAUAAAUAAAAUAAAGGUAUUGUGUCUAUCUACAACUAAAAAAAAAAAAAAGAAGAAGAAGAGUGAUGAUCAAACUUGUAAAUAUGGGAGCCUUGGCAUUAUUAUGUUUUCCUUACCCUUCUGAGGUUAUGCUUAUUCUUCAGUUUUUUAAAAUUAAUUAAUAUGAUAUUUGGAUAACAAAACUGUACAGAAAAGCAAGAGAGGGAUAACAGAAAAAUUCAGAAACUGUGUCUAUAGUAAGAUAGGGGGAUAAAAUCUGAGAUAGGUACAGGUGAGAUACAGAAAAUGUUCUGUCUUCUAAUCUGGGUAGUAAGUUAGUGGGUGUAUAUAUAUUACUGUUUUGGGAAGUAUACACAUAAUUAUAUACCCUCUUUCAUAUCAUGUAGAUAUUGUACUAAAUGAAGUCUGGGAAGUUCUGGAUUCAGCUUACUUGAGAGCUCUUCCCUGGGAUGUCACUGAGCAAGGUCAGAAGUGAGCCCUAGGAAAGAAGGAUUCAUCCUGCUUGGGGUUUUGGUAGCUACACUGUAAGCUGGGAGACCCCUGGGGAAAAUGUGGUGGGGGAAUGGGUUGCUUUGUAUUUUCUGCUUAAGCUCAACACGACCUACCUUUACCUCUUAGAAGUAGGUCAAAACAGAAUACUUCUUUGGGGGAAAAAUGGGUGUCCUUAGCUAUUUGAGAAUUUUGUGGAGUGGGAACUUCAUUGAACACAUGAAUACACAUAAGAAUCUGAACCCCACUUGCCCAGUAUUCUGCUUUUGAAACACAGUAUAGUGGGCAUGGGCUCUUGAAGAUGGGAACUUGAACAUUCUCUCUCUUGAGCUCUGCUACUCUGGUCUUGAUUGAUUGCCCUCUCUGCCUGACAUACAAUUGAGUCUUUCUUAUUCCAGGAGAAAGGCUGGCUGGUAUUCAUGAUUUGUAGUUUGCAUGAAUAUAGAAUUAUAAUUUGAGAAUGUUUUGUUUUCAGGGUUUUGAAGGCAUGACUUCAGGAUUGUCUUGCUUCCAGUGUUGCUUUUGAGGAGGAUUAGGCUAUUUUGAUUCUUUAUCUUUCCUAAGUGAUGCAAAAAAUUUUAGAAGUACUAGAAGUAUAUGGAAUCUUUUCAUUGUCUCCAGUGUCUGACAUUUUGCAAUGAUGUGCAUUGUGGUGUUUCUACAUUGUAAUGAGCCCUCUUAAUUUGCUACUAUCUAAAAUUUAAAAAAAAUUUGUUAAUGAUUUUAACCCUUCUGCUUUUGCUAUUGUCUUUUUCUGGAAUCUUCUGUACUAAUCAUCUCCCAGAUUUUGGCUCUUUUUUUUUUUUUGGUGUACUUUGGUGAAAUUUCCUCAUCUGUUUCUUCUGACCUUUCUGUUGAUUAUUUCUGGGACUAUUUCUGUUUUUAAAAUGCACAAAAUCUUUUUUUUCUUUGUAUGUCAUUUUUUCUUAGUAUGACAACAUUCAUUCAUGGGUAGAAGAUCCUCUUUCUGAUAUUAAUAACAGGUUUGUUUUUGUUUUUGUUUUUAGUACCGGGGAUUGAACUCAGGGGCACUUGACCACUGACCUUCUGAGAGGCCGCAUCCCUGAGCCCUAUUUUGUAUUUUAUUUAGAGACAGGGUCUCACUGAGUUGCUUAGUGCCUCGCUUUUUGCUGAGGCUAGCUUUGAACUCACAAUCCUCCUGCCUCAGCCUCCCAAGCCACUGGGAUUACAGUGGCUUUAAAAAAGGUUUUCUUCUUCUGUAUAGGCCUUCUUCCUGAAAGUUGAUUUUCUGUUCCUUCUAGUCUCUCUUACAUGUUGUAGGCUUUCUUUAGAUGUCUGUCCAUUCCUUGCUGUCUACUCAUGAUUAAGGAUUGGGCCAAGAAGCCCAACCCUUGGUAAAUCAUUUAUCAGAGGAACCCCUGACUUCAUUGUCUUUAGAUCUGGCCUUUUUGGUCAGGUUCACAGAAGGAAAGAGGAAAGAAGAGGUGUCCAAUCUCCAGCCUAAAGGGUAAGAGUCUGGCUGAUAGGUGUUGGGGGGCAGAUGUCCUCUCAGCUCUGCGUUCACCAUUCACAGUUCGUAUAACCAGCAGAUCUUCUUGGUUUAUGUAGGUUACUUCUGUCUUCAAAUGUGUGUGGUCUGCAUUACAGAGUCCCUCUGAUGUAUGUUCUUUCUAGGCAGAUUCUUCAGAUCUGCUGAGCUGGGGAGAAAUGUCCCCUCAGGGAUGUGAGGGAAGGGAGAGAAUUUAGGGUUUCUCUUAAACUCUUUUCAGCCAUCCUGCCUCCUCCCCUACCCCUUUGGCACUCUUACCCCUUCCCUUCACCUCUAGUUCCAGGCUAACUAAUGCUGUUUGUUUGGGGCCUUUUGAGAAUUCUGAGAGGCACAUGCCUUGAUUUUUUUUUAGCCUUCUGUGUUGCUGGCCUGAAGAAGAUGAUUGUUCUGCCCAGUCAACUGCCAGUUGCCUAUUGGUUUUCAAGCUUCUAAAACUAUGUUGUUUUGUGCCUUCUUGCUUGUUUCUUCUUUCUUGUUGUCUUAAAAAAUUUCUUUUCUGCAGUUGAGUGGCAUUUCAGGUGUGUGUGGUUUGAUUGUCUUCAUUUAGUAGUCUUAAAACCUCUUCUACUUUUUAAGCCUAGUUUUUUUCUUUUUCUUUUCUUUUUUUUUGUAGUACAACUAAGGAUUGAACCCACCAGAGCCUUGCUCAUGCUAGACAAGCACUCUACCAAUGAGCUACUUCCCCAACCCCAUUCCAUUUUAUUUGAAAUAGGGUCUUGCUAAAUUGCCAAAAUGGUCUCAAACUCCUCCUUCCCCAGCCGCCUGAGUAGCUGGGAUUAUAGGUGUGCAACUCCAAGCCUGGCUUUCUCAUCUUUUGUCUUAGUAUCAUCUCUUCUGAGAGGCCUUCAUGGAAUACUCUAUGUAAAAAAGAUAUUCUCUGACUUUUUUUUUGCUUCUCUCUCUAACCUCUUAUUUAUCCUCUAUUUUAACCCUUUGCUUAUUUCUUGUAGACCUUUAAAAAAUACUUUUCCUUUUUGUUCAUUUAUCAUGCUUUCCCAUCUGCUACAUGAGCUCAGGGGCUGUGGUUAUAUUAUACAGUAUUAUAUUCCCAGGAUUUGGCAGAUAGUUGACCCUCAAUAAGCAUUUGCUGAUUGAGUGAAAUUACAGUUAUACAUGACUGAAUGAAUUUUUAAAAUAUAUUUUUAGUUGUUGAUAGACCUUUAUUUUACUUAUUUAUAUGUGGUGCUGAGAAUUGAAUCCAGUGCCUCACACAUUAGGCAAGCGCUCCACCACUGAGUUACAACUCCACCCCGGAUUGAAUGAAUUUUAAAACUGAUAACUAUUUCUUCAGUUUUCUUAUCUAUAAAAAUAAUAAUGGCAGGGGAAUAAAAUCAGAGUCAAAAUUCUUUUUUUGUGUGGUAAAGUGCUUAGAAUAGUGCCUGUCACAUGGUAAACAUGACAAAAAUGCUGGUUGUGUUUUAGAAAUUCUUCAAAAAUGGUACUUAAAGAGGUACAGUUUUAUAUUUAAUUGUUCAAUUUUGAUCAAGUUAAAGAAAAUAUUAUGAUAUAUUGGACUGAAUUAUUCUUGAAUAUUGUAUACUACACCCUGAAAAAGAUGUACAUCUGAUUUUAGUUCCAAGUUGAUCAUUAAUCGCCACUGACUUUAGUACUGUUGUGGAAUGGAAUAUUUUUCCACAAGAGAGCAGGAUCCCAAAUAUUUCCCAGUGGUUGUCCACAUAGGCAGCUAUUUGAAAACAGUGUUGGCUGUGAUUCCCCUUCUUAUUGAAGCAAUUCUGGGACAUCUGUGUCUGAGGGAGUAGAAUCUCUUUUCAGCUCAAUCAUUUUCUUUUGAAAUUGGACCACAUAGAUUAGAUGGAUGUUUUAUAAUUCCAGGUAUAUCUUCAGUAUUGAAUGCAGAUGUAGAAACUUAAAGAAUGAUUCAUAGCCAUCAGCCUCUGCAUGUCUCUGAAAUUAUUUAAUUCCCACCAAAUUGCUCCUCAGUUCUUCAAAAAUCGAUGAUUUUUAUUUUUGGAGGGAACAUGGGUCUUGCUAAAUUGCCCAGGCUGGCCUCAAAUUCAUGAGCCUGCUGCCUCAGCCUCCCAAGUAGCUGGCGUACAGGCAUGUGCCCUGUGCCUGGCUUAUGAUUUUUUUUUUUUAAAAGAGAGCUUAGUGCCGUUUAGAAACAAGAUUAAAGCUUUUUCUAGUUUUUAUGUGUUAAAUCCAUGUGCCUAGAUUUAUACUUUCUGGAACUUAUCAGCAAUGCUCCUUUUCCUUCCCCUGAAGUUUCAACUACUGUAUUCACAUGCUUUGUCACAUGGCAAAUAUAAGCUUGUAAAUCAUUCUUUUGAUGGGUAGGAGGGGCUGCAUAAAAUUUGGACUCAAGUUAUUUAAUUCUAUUUAUUUAUUUAUGGUACUAGGAAUUGAAUUCAGGGCUACUUUGCUACGGAGCUAUAUCCCUAGCAUUCCCUCACCCCUCUUUAAAAAUUUUGAGGGUCUUGCCAAGUUUCUGAGGCUGGCCUGGGCUCUGCAAUCCAUCUGCCUCAGCCUCCUGGGUUGCUGGGAUUAUAGGUGUGCGCUGCCACGCCCAGCCAUAUUUAAUUUAAAAUCUUGAUCUGAAGAAUCUUUUUAGUAAACUUUAAAAAUGUGCUUCUAUGACCUAACUUGAUUGCAUCAACAUAGGAUAAUCACUAAUAUCCCAUAAACACUCAGCUUGAAGAAAAUUCUCUGCCUUUAUCACUUUCUCCAUCACACCAUGAAAUGAAUCUGACUUUUAAAAUUCCCAGCUGGAGCUUUCCUGACCAAUAGCACUAGAAGCUGGAAUAACUAGCUUCUUUUUUGAUGUGCAUAAAUUCUCCCCAUUCCCUUCUGUUUUAUUGCAAUGUCCCAUGUCUGGCAAAUGUUGUUUGUCCACAUUCAGAACUUUCCUGAUUGAUGAGUGGUUAAGUCUUACAAUUCAUGUGUGAAAGCUAACUGGAUGAUUUUAUGUAUAUAUGCAUUUUUUUUAAAUGCUAAAAAUGUGCUGUUGGUCACAGUUAGUUCUAGUGUUCCUUUUUUUGCUGACACAUCAAAAAGUGGCUAUAUAAUUUACCUCUUCUGUGACCUUGGGCAAGGUACUUAACUUCUGUAAGCUAUGGUUUUCUCACUGGUAAUAUGAGAAUCGCAAUUCAACCAUUAUUUUUAUGUUUACUAACGUUCAGUGAAAUCAGAAUUUAGAAUUAUUAUUGUGACUAUUGUGACCUUCUCAAGGAUGAGAAGUACGUCUUAUUUAUUGUUGAUAUAUUAGCACCUCAAAGUGUCAAUCAGUGUCUGAUGAAUAAGAAUGUUGAUAUCUUUUCCUUUACCUUUGCUGCUUAACUUGUUUAUUGUCUAAAAUUCCCUAGAACUCCUGACAUAUUGCUUUGCACAAGUCAGAUGCUCAAAAACUUUAUUAAAUAAUGUAUGAGGAAGUACUUUGAAAAAUAUAAAUGUUAUACAGAUGUUUGAUGAUGAUGGAGUCAGUUGCCAAAGAACCCUGGGUAUUCUUUGUUGACCUUUCCUGUCUGCUGAAAGUGCCAGGUAAAAUUGCCACCUGGACCCAAACUGACUGCAGAAUAUGUAUGUAAGUAUGCAAAUAUUUGGAAGAGCUUAAGGAGGCCAUGUGUGGCUCUGACAUCCUCUGCACAGGGUUGGCUUUCUACCUGUGUAUCCUGUCCCAUCAUCCUUCAUUUGUAUCUUUUGUGAGGUUUUGCUUUCAGUGAGAGGGUGACCUUGCUUAACAGAGGAGUAACAUUCUUUGAUCAAGGAUUUGCAAAGAGCUCUGCUUUAUUUACCACUAGAACUCUGAAAACAAUGUUUUGUUUUCCCCAUCUUCAUUUCUGAAUAUCUUAUUAUUAGCAACAUUUAUUUAUUAUUCUUAAAAAUAUGAGGAUGAAUAUAGAACGUAGUUUCAGUGUCAGAUGGCUGCAGUAGAGUGUGCGCGUGUGUGUGUGUGUGUGCGCGCACACACACACAAACAGUUAUACUUGAUUUUUCUGAUGCAAGGUCACUGGUGUGUCUUCCUUCCCCCACAGGUUUUAGGAACAGAGUAUUAGACUGAGAAAGGAAAGGGAGAGGAAUCCAUGUGUCAUGGCUGAUUCUGAUCGUAGUUUAUUGUCUAUUCUGUGCCAGGCUUUGAACUAAAUAGUUGAUAUGUGCAAUAUUUUAAAAUCCUUAUAGCAAGCCAGUGAGAUAGAUAUCCUUACCUUUAUUUUAUGGAUUAGGAAAUUGAGGCUGAGAUAAACUCCUUACUUUAUCCACAUUCUCAUAGUAAGUAAGUAGAAAUUUAUCCAAAUUCAAGUGAAACCUGGGUUUUAGUUUUGGUUGUGACUUUUAUUUUCUAUAUGACUUAGACUCUUGGUGCCACCAUUUUUUCAUGUGUAAAAUGGACUUUUCUCUUUGUGUGUGAAAAGUUGUAAUUGUUGGGGAAGGAUUAGGUAGGGGGACCAACAUGACUUUUGUUUUUUGAUACUGGGGAUUGAACUCAGGGCCACUCGACCACUGAGCCACAUCCUCAGCCCUAUUUUGUACUUUAUUUAGAGACAGGAUCUUACUGAGUUGCUUAGUGCCUCAGUUUUGCUGGCUUUGAACUCAUGAUCCUCCUGCCUCAGCUUCCUGAGCUGCUGGGAUUACAGGCGUGCACCACUCUGCUUGGCAGUUGAUAUGACUCUUGUAGAAGCUGCAUUAAGUUACAGAUGUAUAGUGAAGUAAAUGAUGAAAGGCUUGGAGAUGCUGGACUGUGGGGCUGGAAAUGGAAAUACAGAAACUACAUGGCCUGUACUCUCUGUGUUCUCAUGGUCUUCCUUAGGAGUCUGGUGAGUGGGGGUUAUGCCUACGAAUCUGGAAGGGUAUGUUCAAGGGGUGCAUGUGGAAUUUGGAAAAUACCCUUCACAAAUCUUGUUUGGAUUCUGAUAUUAAGGGAUAUAUUUGUUAAUUUUGUUGGAUGUGAAAACAGUACUAUGAUUAUAAGCAUCUUUAUUAGUCAAAGAUUAUACUAGAGUAUUUAUAAGUGGAAUAAUAUGAUGAAUAGGGUUUUUCUUAAAUACUCAAACAAAAAAACGGAGGAAAAAUGGAAGGGGACAGAUAGUUACCACUGAAGCUGAGUGAUGGGCGCCUUCCAGUUCUUAUCUGACACAGGAAGGGAGCCUAACUCAUUCUAAAUAGAGUAGUGCCUGUUUUAGCUGCACCAAGCCUUGUGUUUUUUCCACUUCUUCUCCUAAGUUUAUUUCCCAAAAGAUCCUUCCCAGUGAUAUGCCUCUAUGAAGGGUGUGUCACUUAUGCUUGGAGGCACAUAGCUGAAACCUUGUCAAGACUGACCGACUGACUCUGAGAAUGAAGAAUGCCUCUGCUCCGACUACUGUCUGAGCUGGUCAGGUUGGGAAUGGGCCCAUAUCCUCCUAGGAUAUGAAGGCCACGCUUGGUUUCGCACACCUGGGUCCUUAGAGUGGGCUUUCUGUUUGUUCUGCUGCCUCUUGGAAUAGAUAUUCUCUGCUCUCACUCCAUCCUUGCAGAUAUUAUAUCAUCUCAUCCUUCCAGUCAGCUUUCAGCCAGAUCAGCUCCAUGCCCCAAAAUGGAUAGUGGUGGAAUUGGGGGGUUUGGGCAGAAAGUGACAUAAUUGGUUCUGUGAUACAAAUUGUUGUUUCUAUAAGUACUAAGAAUUAGAGAAAAGUUAGCAUCAUACCCAUGAUCCAAAAUUAGUCCAUGAAAGGAAUAUAAAAUUCUAAGCUAUUUUGUUACGUUGAGUAAUAUGACAUAUUCAACAAACAUUUAUUUAGAAACAAACACUUAUUAAAUGCUAACUAUGCAAAGAUAAAGGAUAUAUUUCUUCUUCCUCCUCCUCCUCCUCCUCCUCCUCCUCUUCCUCCUUCUUCCUUCUUCUUUUUCUCCUCCUCCUCCUCCUCCUCUACCUGGGAUUGAAUCCAGGGAUACUUAAUGGCUGAGUGAUAUCCCCAGCCCUUUUUAUUUUAUUUUUUAUUUUGAGACAGGGUCUCACUAAGUUGCUUAGGGCCUUGCUAAGUUGCUGAGAUUGGCUUUGAACUUGAGAUCCUUGUGCCUCAGCCUCCCAAGCCACUGGGAUUACAGGCAUGCACCACCAUGCCGGGCUAAAGGAGACAUUUCUGAUAGCACAGUGGAGGAGACAGCCAUUGAGUUAAUGGUUAUGCAGUAAGUGACAUGACAGAGGGAAACUCUAGGUGCUAAGGAAGUACAUCUAAUGUAGCUUGUGUCAGGGAAGUAGUUGUAGUUGAGCUUUGAAGAAUUUUUAGGAGUUGGUCAAGCAGAGAAGUAUAAAUUUUAUUCCUAUAGUAGAGAGUGUGCACAAAACUAUGGAUGAGUAGGAACAUUGUGAGUUGGAACUUUUGCAAGUUAGUGUGUCUGAAACCUGGUACACAUGAAAAAGAACAGAAGAUGAAGCUUGACAGUUAAGUAGGGAGCCAUUUUUGUUGGGUGUCAUAUGCUAAGAUAAUUGUUUGGACUCCAACAAACAGCAGAUAAACACAAUAUGAAUUUUAGAAAGGUCACUCUGGAUGUCAUGUGGAAAAAGAAUCAAAAGGGAAUAAGUCUGGUUAUCACAGCAAUUAAUCUAGGCAAGAGGUUGUUUGAACUUGAAUUAAGGUGAUGUUAGUUGGAUGGAGAAAAAGAGUAGAUCCUAGAGAUGAUAUUUAGAUAGAAUCAGUAGGACUAAUAAGUAGAAUCUAUUAGGCAGGGGAGACACAAGCAUAGUGGAUAAAGACUGAUGUGCUGUGGUGCUUAUGGAGGAGGUCCAAUUUCCUGCUGAUCCUCUCAUCAAAACAAGAAGUUAAAAAGGUAUCAGGCAAAAUUGUUUACUUGAGUGAUUAUGAUGAAUUGUUAUGGCAAUCCAUAUUUGAGAAAUAUGUCCAAAUACUUUUUGUUUAUAUUGUCAUUUCUAAAUGGAAAGGUUAGAUUGAAAAGAAGAUGCCCUAAAAAGGAACAAUGACAGCAAAUCCUUUGAAUCUUAGGCUUCAUAUAGUGCUAGAAGAAAUCAAUAAAAAGUAAGAUGGAAUUAGAACAUAUAUUAUCAAAUCUACAUUAAUAUCCAACAUUUGCAAAAAACGUGGGGAAGUACUAUUUUAAUUUCUCAGUUGGCAAAACCAGAACAGAACAAAAUAAAUAAGAACCCCCGAGGCUCUGAGAUAUUAAAUGGUUUGCCUGAGGUCACACAUAGCUAUAGGUGAGAACUCCUCUAUCCAGGGCUCUCUGCAGGGCAGCAGGAUAACUCUAGGACACAUGCCUAGCCUGGUAGGGUCCAAGUAAUGAAAAGUGGAAUCACAAUGGACAAUCUGAAGAAAAAAAUGUCUACCACAAAUGAUACUAAAGCACCUAUAAACAGCUUUCGAAUAUGUAUCAAGAGAAGUGAUUAUUCUGGAGUUAUGUUGGAAUGAGAGAUAGAAGGAAAUAAGGUAUAUUUUAACAGAAGUUAUUUGUGUAAAUGCUGUUAUAAUUUUAAAUAAUUUUUUAGAAAGUAUCCAUAGACCAUAAGUUAGUUUACAUUUAAACUUUCAACCUAUUCCAACCACUGUGGUACUGCUGGCCAUCUGCUAUGUGCCUAGAAUUGUGACACAUUCAAAGGGAAUUACAUAUGAAGUAUAAGACAGUUCUGUCUUUAAGGGUCUUAAAAUGUCAAGGAACCUGGAUUUGCAAACAUGAAACUAAUCUGGAACCAUCCAACAUAGCUUAUACUCAGUGAAAUAUGUAUACAAUGAAGUAACAAAGGAGGCAGGUCAGUAGUGCCCUGGAUUCAGAAAAGGGAGAUAUCAGUGAUGCCUGGAGUCAAUUAGAGGCUUCAUGAAUGAUGUGACUCUUAAGAUGGACCUUGAAGAAUGGAAAAUGAUUUGAUUUCAUGGAGAGGGCUAAUUUCAAGGAAAUAAACUAGUUUUUAGACUAUGUAAAAAAAAAAAAAACAAAUCGAACAACUAAUUUGUAUCAAAAAAAAAAAAACAAAUAGAAAUUUAGUCUAAUAGUUUAUCUCUUGACUACAAUGUUAUUUAAAGAGAUAUUGAAAACAACCUAAAUGUCAAACAAUACAAUAAGGGAAGUAUUUCUAAUUGAAUAUUAUUAAAUGAAUAAAAAUAGAGAAUGUGGUCCAGUAGAAAAGCAUGGCCCACAGCCAGUUAAACUAUCAGUUCUACCACUUACUUAGGGCACAUCACUUACUGUUUUUGAGCUUUGGUUUAUUCAGCUUUAAAUUGGAAUGAUAAUACCACAUGGAAAAGUUAUUGUGAGAAUUAAAAAUAAUGUUUAUAGAGCACCUUGUACAUAAUGGAUACUCAAUAUAUGUUAUUAUUCAUGCUCAAUGAGAUAUACUCUGCUGGAAGGUAACUAGGUACUGUUUUUUUGAUGGGCAGUUUCUCAAUUUUUCCCAAAAGUUUGAAAAUGGAUAUUUUCUACUUGACUCAGUGAUUUCAUGAUUGAAAAUUUAUUCUAAGAAAAUAAAGAGGGCUGGAGUUGUAGUUCAGUGGAAGAACACUUGACAGGCACAUGUGAGGGACUGGGUUUGAUCUUCAGGACCAAAUAAAAAUAAAUAAAUAUAGUAAAGGUAUAAAAAAAGAAAAUAACUAAAGAUAUGUGCAUAUUUUUGAAAAUAUAUUCUUUCCAGCAUUGAAUAGAACAGUGAAAAAUAACCUCAAGUCUCAUAAAUAAUUGAUGAAAUAAAUUGUGAUUCACUUCAAGAAGAAAUUAAAAGGCGAUAAAAUAAUGUAGAAAGGAAUUUCAUGUAUAAAUUAAGAAAAACAGAUUCUGAAACUAUAUACAAUUUAAUCCAUUUUUAUAAGUAUAUAGUUAUGCAGAGAAAAUGUUAAUUAUGGUUUGUCCCUGAGUAGUGAACCUUUAGGUGAUUUUUAUUUUCUUCAUUGUGCUUACCUGAAUUUUUUUUUUGCUUUGAUGAUAAUGAGGAUAGAUAAAACUUAAAAAAAAAAGAAUGGAUCACUUUUAAGCAUACUUAGAGACAUAAGGAAAUGUUUAAGAUUUAAAGAAAAAAGAUUCAAAGUAACUUAAUCUCUGAAUCUUGGUUUUGUGACUGUUUCCUCAGAAAAAGUAGCAAAGCUUCCAAGAAAAUGGUGGGGAUAUAAUGGGGCUAAAGUAGCUGAGAGUGGACAUUAGAAUUUUAUGUGCACAUAAAAAAAUCAUCAGUUUCUUGGUGAUGGAUGAAAAUAAUCACUUCUCAGACUCCUUUUGUUUUUUCUUCAUUUUCAUCACAGCUUGAACAGUUAGCUUUCUUAACUAUAAAAAAACAUAAAGUUUUAAUUGCUGUAAAAAGCCACUCUCCCUCUCUGCCUAUUUUUCUUUCAUCUUUAUGAGGAACUCAGUCCUUGCUAGGCCCUGGGGAUCCACAGUAGUGAGCAAGAAACAUGGUUCUUGGACCUCUUUGUCUUUUUCUUUUGCACCAAGCAGGUUUUGAACUCAGGGGCGUUUAACUACCGAGCCACAUCCCCAGCUCCUUUCUCACUGAGUUGCUUAUGGUCUUACUAAGGAGCAGAGGCUGGCUUUGAACUCCUGCUUUAGCCUCCCAAGCUGCUGGGGUUACAGGUGUCUACCACUGCACCUGGCUUCUCUCUGUCCUCUUGAAAGAGAUUAUGAAUCUCACCCAAGUAAAUGUACAAUUACAAAUUGUGCUAACUACUGCAAAGACAAAAAGCAAAGAACAAAAAAAACCAAGUAGGGUGUUUAUAUCAGAGAUAAAAGGGGCUGGGGAUCUGGGUAUCAGGUCAGACAGGAGGUCAACAAAGAUCUCCCUGAGGAAGCAGCAAGUAUAGUCAGGCAAAAUGUGGAGGGACAGCACUCUAGAGACGAGAGCAUGCAUCAGGUUUUCAGGUAAUGAACAAUUAUGUGUAUUAAAAAAACAAAAACAAAAACAAAAACUGGGCAAGAGCCACUGAGUCUGGCUCUUGAGACGCAACACCAGAUUGGAUGAGGGCCUGGAACCUUGUAUGAUACAGGAAGGGUUUUGGAUUUUGUCCUGAGGGCAGCAGGCAGCCAUUGAAGGAUUUUAAGCAGAAAGUUAUGUGAAACAUUUAUAAUUUAAAAGAUCUCUGUGGCUGUUCUAAGGAGAAACUGAAGAGAGGCACGAGAAAAUCCAAAAGAUGAGUUUGGAGGCUUGGGGCAUGGUCAGGUGGUGGUGCCAAGUGAAAGAUGAAGAACAGAAGACAGUUGGAGGUGUAUUUUGGGAUAGUGUGGCUGGGACUUAGUGAUGGAUUGUGUUCUGUGGGGAACAGAGAUUUUCCAGAACACUUUGUGUGAGUAGUGACUUGUAGAUUAUCAGAGGAUGGAGAUGGUUUCUUUUUGGGGGAGGAGAGAAUUCAGUGGUGGACAUGUUUACUUUGAGAUAUCUAUCUGUAAGAUCACCAGGUAGAGAAACUGAGUCCAUGACGCCUAUUAUUUAAAAGGUCUGUGCAUAUGGGAUGUAUAUAUAUGUAUGUAUAUAUGUAUAUACGUACACAUAUGUUAUGUACUUAUUAUUAUGAUUAUCAUUAUUAUUACUAUUUAUAAAGAGUAUUUGGCCCAUAGGUAGUACUGAGUGGAAAGAUUGGUCACAGAAAGGACAUUCAGAGAGAAGAGCAGAGAGGGUAGGGUUGAGUCCUGAUGAAUUCUGAAUUCUGAUGAAUUCUUCUACUUCAAGUAGAAGAGGAGGUAGCAAAGCACUUUGAGAGGGACGCAUUAGGGAUGUGUUCCAGGGGAGGAAGCCCAGGAAUGUGAUGUCAGGGAAGCCAAGGGGAGAUGUGUUGAGGAGGAGGACUGACUGUGGCAUGCGCUACUAGACCUUUCAAGGUCUAGUCCUGUGAUGGAGGACUAGGUAGGACCCGCUGGUUUGGGAAUCUGGAGGCACUAGAUGAUUACUGGGAAAGCAGACUCAGUGCAGUGGUAGAAGCAUGAGCCAGACUGGAGAGAAUAGGGGAAAGGAGAGGAAGUGAAGAAGAGACAGGAAGGUGGGUUCUACUCUUCAGAAUCUCUGAAGGCAGACUCCAGUAGCUGGGGGGAAUGCGAAGGAAAGGGGAGGGGUUUCUUUUGUUUUUACCUUUGAUACAGGACAUUCUAUAGUUUGUUUAAAUGCUGAUGGCAAUGAUUUAGUAAAGUGUGAGAGAUUUAUAUUGUAGAAGGGACGGCUGAUGGAUGGAGAGCUCAUGGAGAGCUGAUGGACUGGUGUUUGAUUGGACAAGGAAAGGAGAUGUAAGUAGGUCUUCGACUCCUUCUAUAUGUCAGGUAUUACUAUAUGCCAUGCUAAGUAAUUUGCACAGUUACUGAUUUACUAUUCACCAUAGCCCUAUUAGGUUGAUAUGAAUAUCCCCAUUUUACAGAGGAGGAAACUGAGGUUAAGUGGAGAUAGAGCCAAGGUCUAAAUUCAGAACUGUUUGAUUUCAGAGUUCAUACUCUUAUAGGAUUUCCUCUGUGAUGGUGAAUUAGUUUGCUCUUGCUGCCAUAAAAAUAUCAUUUAAAUUGAAAUUUAUUCUCUCACUGUUCUGGAGGCUUGCAAUCCAAGAUCAAGGUGUUGGCAGGUUUCAUUUCUCCUGAGGCCCCUCUCCUUGGCCUGCAGAUAGUCGCCUUCUUCUUAUCCUCACUUGGCCUUUCCUCUGUGCCUCCUGUGUGUCCUAAUCAUUUCUUACAAGAACACCAGGCAGACUGAAUUAGGGCACACCGCCGUUUCGGCUUCAUUUUAACUUAGUUACUUCUUUAAAGGCCUUAUCUCCAAAUGCAGUCACAUUUUGAGGUUAGGGUUUCAGCAUAUGAAUUUCCAAGGAACAUAAUUCAGCCCAUAGCAGAUGGCUUCUUAAAGCGUAAGAAAAGGGGCAGCCCUGGGCAGUCCUGAAGAGUAUGUAAUCAUAACUGAAGAGCAUAGAAGGCUAUUAGAGAGAUGUAGCCUUAGAAGCAGUUGAGGUUGGAGAUCAUUUGCAUCUACCUAUCCUGCUUAGCUAGCAGCAGUAGUCAGUGUACACGUGAGCGAAGAACAAGAACUCUGCGCUCCAAGGAGGCUGCUGGGUGUGCACAAGGCCUUAUUAACCAAACAACUGACAAUCUUUUGUGUGCCCUGUUAAAAUGCAAAUGAGUUUUACUGACAUCCUCAGCACAAUUACAAGUUACUGUUUGCCAAGGACCUUUCUGGAUGUUCUCAAAUAGUUGGAGACAUGAAGAUGAAAUCUCUGACUGCAUUCACCACUACACAAAUUACCUGGAACAUUUUCCCCAGCUUGUUCUAUAAGCUGUCUUUUGUAAUUACUAUUUUGUUCUUUCUCUCCCCUCUUCUUUCUUCCUUUUCCCCCCUACCUUAAUUCAUCAGUAAUUUAAUGAGUACCUAAUAGGUGUCUAGCAUUAAGGUUAAAGAUCCAGUUUACGUAUGUACAUAAACUGGAUAUAUAUGUAUAUACACACUGCACACACACACACACACACACACACACACACACAUAUAUAUAUAUAUGUAUAUAUCUAAGUGAUAAGUGCUUUAUAAAAGUGUCAAUGAAUCCUGUGAAUAUAUUGAGUACCUACUAAAUGACAGACAGUGUGUUAGGCUUGGGUUCCAAGCCUGAGUAAGAUAUAGUUGCUGCCUUCAAGAAAUUUUAUAAUCUGGUAUAGAAAAAUUAACAGGUAAGUGAAAAAAGAUAAUACCAUGUGAGUUUGUAAGAUGUUAAAAGAUCUCAAAGAAGACAGGGCCUCUAGUUUGCUUUCUCAUGCAUGUUUAGAUACCUAUUGAAAGGAGCUAUUACUGCAUUUUCACAAAAUGAUAUAAAAAGAACACUCAUUUCACAAACAUUUUUGAGUUUUGUAUUUGUUGUAGGGUGACAGUUGUAGCUUGAAUUAUGAGCAACCAUUGAGUUGGGGGAUCUGCAACUUUUCUUUUCUUUAGAGCUCAUUGUCCACACUAUCAACUCCUUUUUUAGGUGGUGGAACAAUUAUGGUAUACCUGACACAUUCUACAGAAGCCUGCUAAGUAUUAAGACUUGAGAAAAGCUGCAGUAACAAAGCAUUAUUGUGAUAGUGGGCGAGAGGAGAGCGUAGGCUGGCCUAGCGUACAUCUCGGAUACUUGGGAUUUAGAACUGUGUAUUAACAGGGGUUUCUUGUACUGUGAUUUUUAAAAACCAUGAUGAACAGCAGAUUAAAAAUACUGAGAAGAAGAUGGUUUGCAGAUUAUGUAAUUGAUAUAUUUUCAAGUAUCACCUAUUUGUACCUUACCUCAGGAAAAUAAGUUGUUUACAACCAAACAUUCAUGGAGUUAAUUAAGAUGGACAUAAAUGUGUUGCUUUCUUUGGAGCUGAUGCGCUAUACAAACUGAAAAUAUUAUUGUCUGCAGUUUCAACAUUUCUCUGGGAGAAUGCUAACCAUAUUAUAGAAAUAGUUCAGGAAGUAGAAGGGAGAAAAACAAAUCUGAUAAAUGGUGUAUGUAGAUUGUAGGUUCAAUGAUUAACCUAAUAAUGUCUGAAGAUUGCUUUGGUGUCAUGCAAAUGAACAUUGACUGUACAUGUUGACUUCAUUUCACAUUUGUAUUCUAGAUAGUAUCAUAGUGGAAAGAGCACUGGAUUGGGAAUCAGGAAGUUAAAAGAUAGUCUAGCUCUGCCAUUUCUCCCUUGUGUGUCUCAUUUCCCCAUCUUUAAAAUGAAGUGGUUAUGGGAAAUGGCCUCUGAGCACCUCCCAGUUCUGAUAUUUUAUUGUUCUGUGAUUCUACACCCCAUGCCUAUCAAAAGCAUUUUGACUUUCUUUAAGUUGCUUAAGACAGCAUUUCAGUUAGAAUGUAUCCAGCUUAUUUCCAUGGGCUAUUGGGAACAGCGAGGCCUUGCUUCUCCAGGACUUGAUAUAUCUUCUGUUAACCGCUGACAGUGAGCCAUACCACCUAAAAGGCUCCUUUGGUAGCCUUAAAGAUUGAAAGGACAAAUGGACAGUAUUGAGAACUCUGUGGAAGAGGAGACCAGAGAGACGUUGAUCAUCAUGGCUCCUUGGGAUUUGCAAAGAGGAAUGACUAGAACUGGGCCAUUCACUACUGCCAGGUCAAAGGUCAGGUCAGGAAUGUGGACAAUGCUGGUGACUCCAGUUGCUUCCAAGAUCCGGUACUUGCAGGAAUAUCAUAACCGGGUUCUUCACAACAUUUAUCCUGUACCAUCAGGAACAGAUAUUGCAAACACCUUGAAAUACUUUUCUCAGACCUUGUUAAGCAUUUUGUCCCGCACAGGGAAGAAGGAAAACCAAGAUGCCUCCAAUUUGACAGUGCCCAUGACCAUGUGUCUUUUUCCUGUGCCAUUCCCACUCACCCCAUCUCUAAGACCGCAGGUCAGUUCCAUCAACCCUACUGUUACUCGCUCCCUCCUUUACAGCGUCCUGCGAGAUGCUCCUUCAGAACGCGGCCCGCAAAGUCGUGAUGCUCAGUUGUCAGACUACCCUUCUUUGGACUAUCAAGGCCUCUACGUGACUUUGGUGACUCUCCUGGAUCUAGUUCCUUUACUACAGCAUGGCCAACACGAUCUUGGACAGUCAAUAUUUUAUACAACUACAUGUUUGCUACCCUUUCUCAAUGAUGAUAUUCUGAGUACUUUGCCCUACACGAUGAUCUCAACGUUAGCUACCUUUCCUCCAUUUCUGCACAAGGAUAUUAUUGAAUAUCUUAGCACAUCUUUUCUACCAAUGGCUAUAUUGGGUUCCUCCAGGAGAGAAGGUGUUCCUGCCCAUGUUAAUCUGUCUGCAUCCUCCAUGCUAAUGAUUGCAAUGCAGUACACAUCUAAUCCAGUGUAUCAUUGUCAAUUACUGGAAUGCCUCAUGAAAUAUAAACAAGAAGUCUGGAAAGACCUUUUGUAUGUUAUUGCCUAUGGGCCUUCACAAGUGAAACCUCCAGCUGUGCAAAUGCUUUUCCACUAUUGGCCCAAUUUAAAACCUCCUGGGGCAAUAAGCGAGUACAGGGGGUUGCAGUACACAGCUUGGAAUCCCAUCCACUGCCAGCACAUUGAAUGCCACAAUGCAAUUAACAAGCCAGCUGUGAAGAUGUGUAUAGACCCUUCCCUGUCAGUUGCUUUGGGGGAUAAACCACCCCCAUUGUAUCUCUGUGAAGAAUGCAGUGAGAGGAUUGCAGGGGACCACAGCGAGUGGUUGAUUGAUGUUCUUCUGCCACAAGCUGAAAUAUCUGCCAUAUGUCAGAAAAAGAACUGCAGUUCCCACGUUAGAAGAGCAGUCGUCACCUGCUUUUCCGCAGGGUGCUGCGGUCGUCACGGAAACAGGCCUGUUCGGUACUGCAAAAGAUGCCACUCGAAUCAUCACAGUAAUGAGGUGGGGGCCGCUGCGGAGACCCACCUCUAUCAGACCUCGCCGCCCCCGAUCAACACGCGGGAGUGCGGUGCCGAGGAGCUGGUCUGCGCAGUGGAGGCGGUGAUUAGCUUAUUGAAAGAAGCCGAGUUCCAUGCUGAGCAGCGGGAACAUGAGUUGAAUCGCCGGCGGCAGCUGGGCCUCUCCUCUUCCCACCAUUCCCUGGAUAAUGCUGACUUUGAUAACAAGGACGAUGAUAAACACGACCAGAGGCUGCUUAGUCAAUUUGGAAUAUGGUUCUUAGUGAGCCUGUGCACACCCAGUGAGAACACGCCUACAGAAAGUUUGGCCCGGCUGGUGGCCAUGGUAUUUCAGUGGUUUCACUCCACAGCAUACAUGAUGGAUGAUGAAGUUGGAAGCUUGGUAGAAAAACUGAAGCCACAGUUUGUCACCAAGUGGUUGAAGACAGUGUGUGAUGUUCGCUUUGAUGUCAUGGUCAUGUGCCUUCUUCCCAAACCCAUGGAAUUUGCCAGGGUUGGUGGAUACUGGGAUAAGUCGUGUAGCACAGUCACUCAGCUGAAGGAAGGUCUCAACCGGAUCCUUUGCCUGAUCCCCUACAAUGUGAUCAGCCAAUCAGUGUGGGAGUGUAUUAUGCCAGAAUGGCUGGAAGCCAUCAGAACAGAAGUCCCAGAUAAUCAGUUAAAGGAAUUCAGGGAAGUAUUAAGCAAAAUGUUUGACAUUGAGCUCUGUCCUCUGCCUUUUUCAUUGGAAGAGAUGUUUGGAUUUAUUAGCUGUCGGUUUACAGGCUACCCCUCCUCUGUGCAGGAACAAGCUUUAUUAUGGCUUCAUGUAUUAUCGGAGUUAGAUAUCAUGGUUCCACUUCAACUCUUAAUAAGCAUGUUUUCUGAUGGAGUUAAUUCUGUCAAAGAACUGGCAAAUCAAAGAAAAUCAAGAGUCAGUGAACUGGCAGGGAACCUUGCAGCUCGAAGGGUGAGUGUUGCCUCUGAUCCUGGGCGACGAGUUCAGCACAGUAUGCUGAGUCCGUUUCAUAGUCCUUUCCAGAGUCCAUUUCGGAGUCCUAUGCGUAGUCCAUUCCGUAGCCCUUUCAAGAAUUUUGGACACCCAGGAGGAAGGACUAUUGACUUUGAUUGUGAAGAUGAUGAAAUGAAUCUAAACUGUUUCAUCCUCAUGUUUGAUCUUCUCCUGAAACAGAUGGAGUUACAAGAUGAUGGAAUCACAAUGGGUUUAGAGCACAGCUUGUCAAAGGACAUUAUUUCUAUUAUAAACAAUGUCUUCCAGGCCCCCUGGGGGGGCUCCCACACCUGCCAGAAGGAGGAAAAAGCAAUCGAGUGCAACUUAUGUCAGUCUAGCAUCCUCUGUUAUCAGCUUGCUUGUGAACUCCUAGAAAGACUGGCUCCCAAAGAAGAGAGCAGGCUGGUGGAGCCCACAGACAGCCUGGAGGAUAGCCUCCUUUCUUCCAGACCAGAGUUCAUUAUAGGCCCUGAAGGAGAGGAGGAGGACCCAGCAGCCAAGCAUGGGGAGAACCCAGGCAGUCGCACCACUCCCACGGAACAUGCUGCAGUAAAGAAUGAUACUGAAAGAAAGUUUUGCUACCAACAGCUUCCUGUAACGUUGAGACUAAUAUACACCAUUUUCCAGGAAAUGGCUAAAUUUGAAGAGCCAGACAUUCUUUUUAAUAUGCUCAAUUGCCUGAAGAUUCUCUGUCUGCACGGAGAAUGUUUAUACAUUGCUAGAAAAGAUCAUCCCCAAUUUUUAGCCUACAUUCAGGACCACAUGUUGAUCGCAAGCCUGUGGAGAGUCGUCAAGUCCGAGUUCUCCCAGCUGUCUUCACUGGCGGUCCCUCUCCUCCUCCAUGCUCUGUCCCUUCCUCAUGGUGCUGACAUCUUCUGGACUAUCAUAAACAGCAACUUUAACAGCAAAGACUGGAAGAUGAGGUUUGAAGCAGUGGAAAAAGUGGCUGUAAUUUGUAGAUUUCUGGAUAUUCACUCAGUGACCAAAAACCACCUGCUAAAGUACUCCCUGGCACACGCCUUCUGCUGCUUUCUGACAGCCGUGGAAGAUGUCAACCCUGCAGUGGCUACCAGGGCAGGUCUCCUGCUCGACACCAUAAAGAGGCCAGCAUUGCAGGGCCUUUGUCUUUGUCUUGACUUUCAGUUUGAUACUGUGGUGAAAGACCGGCCGACAAUAUUGAGCAAGCUUUUACUCUUGCAUUUUCUUAAGCAAGAUAUUCCUGCUUUGAGCUGGGAAUUCUUUGUCAAUAGGUUUGAGACUCUUUCUUUGGAAGCUCAACUUCAUUUGGAUUGUAACAAAGAAUUUCCUUUUCCUACAACCAUUACUGCUGUGAGGACCAAUGUUGCUAACCUCAGUGACGCCGCAUUGUGGAAGAUCAAGAGGGCUCGCUUUGCAAGGAACCGCCAGAAGAGCGUGCGAUCUCUGAGGGACAGUGUGAAAGGACCUGCAGAAUCCAAGAGGGCCCUGUCCCUCCCUGAGACUCUGACCUCCAAAAUUCCUAUGAGGUUGACCAGGCAUGAGCAGUCUGCUCCAGCCCUCGGUGGGACACCUGAACAAACACCAGGACAACAGUCUCCUGAGAAUGACAACACCAUCAAGGACCUGCUCCCAGAAGAUGCUGGAAUUGACCACCAGACAGUGCACCAGCUGAUCACAGUGCUCAUGAAGUUCAUGGCCAAGGAUGAGAGCAGCGCUGAGUCAGACAUCAGCAGUGCAAAGGCCUUCAACACGGUCAAGAGGCACCUGUAUGUCUUACUUGGCUAUGACCAACAAGAAGGUUGCUUCAUGAUUGCACCUCAAAAAAUGCGCCUGUCAACUUGCUUUAAUGCAUUUAUUGCAGGAAUUGCCCAGGUUAUGGACUAUAACAUUAACUUGGGAAAACACCUUCUCCCCUUGGUGGUUCAGGUGCUCAAAUACUGCUCUUGUCCUCAACUACGGCAUUAUUUCCAACAGCCACCUCGUUGUUCCCUCUGGUCCCUAAAACCUCACAUCCGGCAGAUGUGGUUGAAGGCCUUGCUUGUCAUCCUUUACAAGUAUCCAUACCGAGACUGUGACAUCAGCAAGAUCCUGCUGCACCUGAUUCACAUAACAGUCAACACACUCAAUGCGCAGUAUCACAGCUGCAAGCCCCAUGCCACGGCAGGACCUUUGUACAGUGACAACAGUAACAUAAGCAGAUACAGCGAAAAAGAAAAAGAAGAAGAUAGUGUUUUUGAUGAAUCUGAUAUUCAUGAUACACCUACUGGACCCUGCAAUAAAGAGUCUCAAACUUUUUUUGCAAGAUUGAAAAGGAUAGGCGGCAGCAAAAUGGUGAAAUAUCAGCCGGUUGAGAUGAAUGUUCAGAGAAGUGAAAUAGAACUGGCCGAAUAUAGAGAAACGGGUGCAUUACAAGACAGCAUUCUGCACUGUGUGAGAGAAGAAAGCAUUCAGAAAAAAAAGCUGCGCUCUUUAAAACAAAAAUCUCUUGAUAUAGGGAACGCAGACUCCCUCUUGUUCACACUAGAUGAGCAUCGCAGGAAGUCUUGCAUAGAUCGGUGUGAUGUAGAUAAACCCCCUGCCCAAGCUGCUCACAGUGCCCAGAGACAGAACAACCACGCGCGAUCGAGGCAGAACUCUGCUACACGGCCAGACACUAUGGAAAUCCCUGAGAACCCAGCUGUGGAAGGUUUUCUAGAGCCCCGAAGGCCUGUGAUACCGGAAGUUAGGUUAAACUGCAUGGAGACGUUCGAGGUGAAAGUUGACUCUCCAGUAAAGCCUGCACCCAAAGAAGAUUUAGAUCUGAUAGAUUUGUCCUCUGAUUCAACUUCAGGGCCUGAGAAACACUCUAUACUCUCAACAUCUGACAGUGACUCUCUUGUAUUUGAGCCUCUUCCACCUCUCAGAAUAGUGGAGAGUGAUGAGGAAGAGGAGAUGGUGAACCGGGGGGCUGGUGGCAAGGGUGCUGCCUCCUCUCCCCCCGUCCCUCGCCACCCCUCUGCCCUCAGCCUGAGCACAACUCCUCUUGUGCAAGUCAGCGUGGAGGACUGUUCCAAAGACUUUUCUUCUAAGGACUCAGGAAAUAACCAGUCAGCAGGUAACAGGGACCCUGCUCUCAUAGCCCUGGAGGAACCUACAGACUCAGAAGAAUUAUCUCAGGCAGAGGAGCUGCGAGAGUUUUCCUGUGGCAGCCCACUGACACUCAAACAAAAACGAGACCACCUUCAGAAGUCAUUUGCUGUCCCUGAGAUGUCAACAGAUGAUAACCCUGAACCCAGCACCGAGGAAGAGAGGCAUGGGCAGAUGCCAAGUUCAGGGCCCAAAACCGUGCUCCUUAAAGUUCCUGAAGAUGCUGAAAAUCCAACAGAAAACGAGAAACCUGAUACCAGUGCCGAAUCUGAUACAGAACAGAAUCCUGAAAGAAAAAUGGAAGAGGAUGGAACUGAGGAAUCAGAGUUCAAGAUUCAGAUAGUCCCCAGACAGAGGAAACAGAGAAAGAUUGCUGUCAGUGCUAUCCAGAGAGAGUACCUUGACAUCUCCUUCAACAUUCUAGACAAAUUGGGAGAUCAGAAAGAUCCAGAUCCCUCCACUAAAGGACUUUCAACUUUAGAAAUGCCACGAGAAUCUUCAUCUGCCCCUACAUUAGAAGCAGAUGUUCCAGAAACAAGUAGUCAUUCCUCAAUAUCAACUCAGUAUAGGCAGAUGAAAAGGGGAUCCCUGGGCGUUCUCACAAUGAGCCAGUUAAUGAAGCGACAGCUGGAACAUCAGUCUAGCGCCCCCCAUAACAUCAGCAACUGGGACACUGAACAGAUACAGCCUGGGAAACGCCAGUGUAAUGUGCCAAUGUGCCUAAACCCUGACCUGGAGGGACAGCCGUUGAGAAUGAGAGGUGCCACGAAAUCCAGCCUGCUGUCAGCACCCAGCAUAGUGAGCAUGUUUGUACCUGCUCCUGAAGAAUUCACUGACGAGCAGCCAACGGUGAUGACUGACAAAUGCCAUGACUGUGGGGCCAUUCUUGAAGAAUAUGAUGAAGAAACCCUCGGGCUGGCCAUUGUGGUCCUCUCCACAUUCAUUCACUUAAGCCCCGACCUGGCGGCCCCGCUGUUGCUGGACAUCAUGCAGUCUGUGGGAAGAUUGGCAUCCAGCACUACCUUUUCUAACCAAGCAGAAAGCAUGAUGGUUCCUGGCAAUGCAGCAGGGGUGGCCAAGCAGUUCCUGCGCUGCAUCUUCCAUCAACUGGCCCCAAAUGGCAUCUUCCCGCAGCUGUUCCAGAGCACCAUCAAAGAUGGGACUUUUUUGCGGACCUUAGCCACAUCUCUCAUGGACUUCAAUGAGCUGAGCUCUAUUGCUGCUCUCAGCCAGCUCUUGGAGGGUCUAAAUAACAAAAAGAAUUUACCAGCAGGGGGUGCUAUGAUACGCUGUUUGGAAAACAUUGCUACUUUCAUGGAAGCUUUGCCCAUGGAUUCUCCUAGUAGCCUCUGGACCACAAUCAGCAACCAGUUUCAGACAUUUUUUGCCAAGCUGCCUUGUGUUUUACCUCUGAAGUGUUCUUUAGAUUCCAGUUUGAGAAUUAUGAUAUGCCUCUUGAAGAUACCCUCUACCAAUGCCACAAGGAGUUUGUUGGAACCAUUUUCAAAACUGCUCAGCUUUGUAAUUCAGAAUGCUGUCUUCACUCUGGCCUACCUGGUGGAACUGUGUGGCUUAUGUUACCGAGCUUUCAGUAAGGAACGGGAUAAAUUCUACUUAUCUCGUAGUGUUGUUCUAGAACUUCUACAGGCCCUGAAGCUCAAAUCUCCUUUGCCAGAUACAAACCUCCUUCUGCUUGUCCAGUUUAUUUGUGCAGAUGCUGGAACCAAACUAGCUGAAUCAACAAUCCUGAGCAAGCAGAUGAUAGCCUCUGUCCCUGGAUGUGGGACUGCAGCCAUGGAGUGCGUGCGGCAGUCCAUUGGUGAAGUGCUGGACUUCAUGGCGGACAUGCACACGCUGACCAGACUGAAGAGCCACAUGAAGACGUGCUCCCAGCCUCUGCAUGAAGAUACAUUUGGCGGACACCUCAAAGUGGGUCUGGCUCAGAUUGCUGCUAUGGAAAUCUCCCGGGGCAACCACAGAGAUAACAAAGCCGUGAUCCGCUAUCUGCCUUGGCUCUACCACCCUCCUUCUGCCAUGCAGCAAGGACCUAAAGAAUUCAUUGAGUGUGUCUCCCACAUCCGUCUGCUGUCGUGGCUGCUUCUGGGUUCCCUCACUCAUAAUGCAGUGUGUCCGAACGCCUCCUCUCCCUGCCUUCCCAUACCUCUGGAUGCAGGUUCCCAUAUUGCAGACCAUCUUAUUGUUAUCCUGAUUGGAUUUCCAGAGCAAUCAAAGACCUCCGUGCUCCACAUGUGCUCCCUCUUCCACGCAUUCAUCUUUGCUCAGCUCUGGACGGUAUACUGCGAACAAAGUGCCGUAGCUACGAACGUGCAAAAUCAGAACGAAUUCAGCUUCACGGCAAUACUGACAGCACUGGAGUUUUGGAGUAGGGUGACACCCAGCAUCCUCCAGCUAAUGGCCCAUAACAAAGUGAUGGUAGAAAUGGUGUGUCUCCAUGUGAUUAGUUUAAUGGAGGCAUUGCAAGAAUGCAAUUCAACCAUUUUUGUCAAGCUGAUACCUAUGUGGUUGCCAAUGAUUCAGUCGAACAUCAAGCACUUGUCUGCGGGCCUCCAGCUUCGCCUCCAGGCCAUUCAGAACCACGUGAACCACCACAGCCUAAGGACGCUGCCGGGCUCAGGUCAGAGCAGUGCUGGCCUGGUGGCCCUCCGCAAGUGGCUGCAGUGCACCCAGUUCAAAAUGGCCCAGGUGGAGAUCCAGUCCUCCGAAGCAGCCUCUCAAUUUUAUCCUCUAUGAGUGGACUCCUCGGCUCUCAGUGACAACACUCUGGUUUAGCAAUAAUGGGUUUCAAAACAAAACGAUUCGAUCCAAGCAGGUUGGGGACAUAUUGGUACUGUACAUCCUCUUCCUAGUUUAGUAAAAGACGUGCAAAGGCCGGAGAGGGCCACAAUGACGCUUUCUUGCUACACAUAUUUCUGAUGACUCCUUGGGCUAUCUGAUUAAGUGUUUCCUUACAUUAUUUUUUAAAAACCAAAUCAUUUUUCUUUAACUAACUUCUAUUUUUUUUAAGAAAAAAAAAUAGACUGGUGGGUACUCACAGAAAAGUUGUAUAAGUCCCCCUGUUGCUAUUUUUGAUGAUAGAGAAUAAAUAGGGUUUUUGAAACCUUUGUAGUGUUUUUUCUUAAAAUCUACUCUUGGCAAUGCAAUAAAAAAAAGAACAAACAAAAAAAAAAACCUGUCACCAUAAGCCAGUGACACCUGACUGAAGCUUUUUUGUCAUUAUCCUGGGAAAAGUGGCAGCUUGCAAGGAACGUUACAAAGUGCACUUAGAAAUUAGGUGGUCAAACUGUGCCAGUUGUUUUCUUUGUUUUAUAAUACCAUUUUCCAAACCUGUCCAGUAAGUUUUAUUAUUUUUAAAACUAGUUUUUCAACUCAUUAGUUUUAGGCUGUACUUUCUUGUAAGCUUUAUGAUAACCACUUUAGUUUUGUGAAUAAUAAAUUUUACUCUUUGGUUAAUACUUGUAUACUAUUUGACUUAAAGCUGUAGAUCACAUACUAGACCAGACGAGUCCUGCAUUGGUUGGCACAGAGCACAGCACUGGAGUGACACCUCUACAUGGAGUUUUAGUAGUGUGAGAGCACCAAGAUCCCCAACACGCACACCUCGCGUCUGGCUGUGCAUUCCAAAUGAAAUUUCUCCUCUUUAUCCCUGUAAUGCACUGACUUAAAAGAAGACUUACUACACAUUUAAACUGUAUAUUGACAUGCUAUUAAAUGCAUUUUUUAUUAUCUUUGUGAGCCUGGGGUUUCUUAAAAAUCAGUUUAUAGAGCUAGAGUUUA